AUGAUCCCCCCAGCUACCCCAGCACUCAAGACGGUGCGUGGAUUCAACGGAACUCCGGUAACGUCAGGCGACGAGGAGUCCGACUACUCCUCUCCGCCGCAGCUCCGGGCCAAGAACUCGGCCAAGCGCGGCCGCAGAUCGCGCAUCAUCGACGAUGUUGUCAGCACAAACUGCAGCCCCAUCCUCAAGCCGGUGUCGUCUCCGGCCAUCAGCGGGAUCGGCAAGUUGCGCAUGCAACUGGAGCCCCUUAGCCUCAAUAGCACCGCCGAAUCUUCGCGUGCCAGUUCCAUGACCCGUAGCGAUAGCCAGCCCAGCCGCCGCGGAAGCAGUCGAACGCUUCUGCGAAACAAUGGGCUUGUUCGAAAGAACAGCGCCAGUGCCAGCGGGGAUGAAACGGCAUCGGAAGCCACGACUAGCUACGAGAUCGACCUUUCGCAGGACUUUGUCAACGGAGCCGAAGAAAAUGGCACCGACAUAUUCCAAGAUGACUUCGACGAUGGCGUUCGCAAGAACGACAAGAUGACGGCGGACGACUUCGAACCUCUGCGCUGUCUAGGAAAGGGCACCUAUGGCACCGUCUUGCUGGUGAAGCAGCGCACCACGGGGCGGCUCUACGCACAGAAGCAGUUCAAGAAGGCGUCUCUCGUUGUGCAUAAAAAGCUGGUCGAGCAGACAAAGACGGAGCGUCAAAUUCUAGAGAGCGUCAACCGACACCCGUUCGUCGUGAAGCUGUACUAUGCGUUCCAGGACCAGGAGAAGCUGUACUUGAUUCUAGAGUACGGCCAGGGGGGCGAGCUGUUUACGCACUUGAGUACGGAGAAGAUGUUCCCGGAGCAAACGGCGGCUUUUUACCUCGCAGAGAUGGUGCUGGCUCUGUCUCACCUCCACCAGAACUUGGGCGUGGUCUAUCGCGACCUCAAGCCGGAGAACUGUCUCCUUGAUGCUGAGGGCCAUCUCCUCCUGACCGACUUUGGACUCUCAAAGGUAGCGGUCGACUCGGACGAGUGCCACUCGAUGCUCGGGACCGUCGAGUACAUGGCGCCCGAGGUGAUCCUCGGCCAAAAAUACGGCAAGGCUGUCGACUGGUGGUCCUUUGGCGCCCUCGCCUACGACCUGAUGACAGGGGCUCCUCCAUUCCGCGGCCAAAACCAUGCCAAGAUACAGGAUAACAUUGUCAAGCAGAAGCUCUCGUUGCCGUAUUACCUCGGCCCGGACUCCAAGGACCUGCUGACGCGUUUCUUGCGCAAGGAUCCGACGAAGCGUCUGGGGUAUAACAUGCCCAAGGAUCUUGCGACGAUCAAGAAGCACCGUUUCUUCCGUAAGAUCGACUGGAAGAAGCUCGCGGCUCGCGAGUUGGAGCCGCCGAUUCAGCCCUUGGUUACGGAUCCCGAGCUGGCUGAGAAUUUCGCGGCCGAGUUCACCGACCUCAGCCUCAGCCCGGUUGUCACGAGGCUAGAUGAUCCGUGGAGUUCUUUUGACACUAAGGAUGACAAGGACGACAUGUUUGGCGGGUUCAGCUACGUCGCAUCGAGCAGCCUGCUCGAGGGUAACGGGUUUGGGAUUCCGCCCUACUAG